AUGGGUAAAAUAAGAAGAGCUGCUAUUCUCCCUACGAAUAUAAUCUUGCUUCAAAAUGUUGUUCGUAGAGAUCCUGAAUCAUACCAUGAAGAGUUUCUUCAACAGUAUGCGCAUUACGAGUCUCUUCGUGAUAUUUUCUUAAUGAAUCCAUCGGCAUCAGAAAAGGGAGAAAGCUUUGCUGAAUUGAUUGGUUUCGUUUCAGCUGUUUGCAGUUGUUAUCCAAAGGAAACAGAGAACUUCCCUAACGAAUUAAAGGAAAUUUUAUUAAAUAACCAUAGAAAUCUUUCUCCAGACUUGAGAGAGAAAAUUAUAUCAUGUCUUACCAUGUUGAGGAAUAAGGAUGUGAUUCUGGCAGAAUCGUUGAUUCAAACCAUUUUCCCUCUUUUGACGGCAUACGGUGUGAAGGACUCUGCUGCCACUGCAGGACAACAUGUCAAGCAACUUAGACAUCAAAUUUACAGUACAUUGAUUUCAUUGUUGAAGUCUGUCAACACUGGUGCGAAGAACCAAAAGUUGAAUAGAUCUACUCAGGCCUUAUUGUUCAAUUUAUUAGAGCAAAGAGGUCCCCAGGGGUUAUGGGCCACCAAGUUAACCAGAGAAUUGUGGAAAAGAGGUAUUUGGGACGAUUCAAGAACCAUUGAACUUAUGUCCCAGGCCGCCGUGCAUCUGGAUGUCAAGAUUUCCAUUGCUGGUGCUAAAUUCUUCCUCGGUGCCGACAAGGAAAGAGACGAUGCUUUUGAUGAAGAAUCAAGUGAUGAAGAUGGGUUCGAUAUGACCGCAUUAAAGCAUAAGAUGACCAUAAAUAAGAAAUCAUCUAAGAGAGCAAAGAAAUUAGAGCAAGUGGCCAAGUCCAUCAAGAAGAAGAACAAUUCCAAAUCCAGUACUACCUACUUGAAUUUCUCCGCCAUUCAUUUGCUCAGAGAUCCUCAAGGUUUUGCUGAACAGCUCUUUGAGACCCACUUGAGUGGUAAACACUCCAAUAAGUUUGACUUGGACCAAAAGAUUAUGUUUAUGAACUUAGUUUCAAGAUUAAUUGGUACCCAUAAGUUAACAGUAUUAGGAAUUUACUCAUUCUUCUUGAAGUACUUGACUCCAAAGCAAAGAAACGUUACACAGAUCAUGGCUGCCUGUGCCCAGGCUUCCCACGACUUGGUUCCUCCUGAAAGUAUCCUGACUAUAGUUCGUAAGAUUGCAGAUGAAUUCGUUAGUGACGGUGUUGCUGCUGAAGUUGCGUCUGCUGGUAUUAACACCAUCAGAGAAAUCUUAACCAGAGCUCCAUUGGCUAUUGAAACUCCAUUGUUACAAGAUUUAGUCGAAUAUAAGGGUUCGAAGGCCAAGGCAGUUGCCACAGCAGCCAAGUCAUUGAUCUCCUUGUAUAGAGAAGUUGCACCAGAAAUGUUGUUGAGAAAGGACAGAGGUAAAACUGCAAGUAUUGAAUUACAGGCUGGCGGUGCCAGAGCUGGCGGUAACGGUGGGUUGCCACAGUUUGGUGUUGAAAGUUCCACUGUUACCAGUAUUCCUGGUAUUGAAUUAUUGGCCAAAUGGAAGGUUCAACAAGGACUUGACGGUACUGAGGAAAAUGACGCUGACUGGGAAGUUGACGAAGAUGAAGAUAAUGCAAGUGACAUUGAAGGUGACUGGGUAAGUGUAAAGGAUGACGGUAAGGAUAUUGUUCUCCUGGACAGUGAAGAUGAACAAGACAAGGAUUCAGGAGAUGCAGAGGAAGAAGAAGAAGAAGAAAGUGACUCUGAGUUAGAGCUUUCUUCUGACGAAGAUGAGGAAAAGGACGACAACAAAAAGAGAGCUGUUGAUGGGGAUGAAGAUGAAGAGGAAAAGGCAAGACCUAAAAAGAAGACCAAGAAGUCCAGAGUCGCUGCUGCUGAAUUAAAGAGGGCACAAGAGCUCGAAGAGAAGGAAAAGGCAAUGACAGAAUUGCUUUCAUCGUCCAUCUUGACCCCAGCAGAUUUCGCCAAGAUACAAGAAUUGAGAGUUGAAGCAGGUUACGAGAAACUCAUGGGAGGUAACCAACAUAACGAAGAUCUGGUUGACUCCACCACUUUGGUUGGAAAGGUUAAAUACAAGCAACUUCGUGAAGAAAGAAUUGCAUUGGCCAACGAGGGUAAGGAAGACCGUGAGUUUGGAUCCAGAAGAGGUAAGAGAGAUGCUCCACAUUCUACCACCAACAAGGAGAAGGCUAGAAAGAAGAAUUUCGUUAUGAUGAUCCAUAAGAAGUCUGUGCAAGGAAAGCAAAAGUUAUCAUUACGUGAUAGGCAAAAGGUCUUACGUGCACACAUAACGAAACAGAAGAAGAAGGGAUACUAG